AUGGCCGGGUUAGAUCAACUGCCGCUCGAGCUGCUUCAGAUGAUCGCAGGAGAGUUGUCCAGCGAGAAAGACAUCAACGCUCUUGUGCAGACCACCCGAACUCUAUACCAUCAUUUGCAUCUAUUUUUAUACAAACAUAACAUACAGCACCAUCAAGGCUCAGCCUUGCUCUGGGCCGCCAAGAACGGAUACGUCGAUCUGGCGGUAAGACUACUCGAUGCGGGGGCGAGCAUCGCUGCAUUCGUGAGCCGACAAGAGAAAGCAUAUUACAAGGCAACAAGUUAUCUCUUGAAGGAAGUCGAAAAUCCGUUACUGUUCGCCGCCCAAGGUGGCCAUCUGCUCACCCUCAAAUCUUUGCUUUCGGAAACACGAUCAGACCGAGCCUGCUCACCAGCUCAGCUACGCACUGUUCUUCACUGGGCUAUCUGCUCCCGCGAUGAUGAAAUUGUGGACCUGAUGAUCACACAUAAAGCCCCCUUGGACCCUGCGGGAGAUCAUUACGACGCAUUCUCCGCACUAGGCUUCGCCGUUGCCUCGCUUAAUAAUUCUAUUAUCCCCCGUCUUCUAGAAGCCGGGGCGCAGUCGGGUCCUAAGGAGUAUCCAUGUCCAGUUACAAAUGCUAUCUACACCAACCAGCGACUUAUAGUGGAGAUUCUUCUCAAACAUGGCGAACGAGCCAAAUCUGAUGGAGGUCUACGCUAUAUAGCACGCCAAAACGAUAAGGAUCUGUUUCAACUUCUGGUCAAAUAUGAUGCUCUCGAGAUCGAAGCCUUUGGCGCCCAGGCAGUAUUCAUCGCAAUCAUGCACGGCCAUUGCGAGAUGGUUGAAUUGCUUAUUGAGAAGGGUGCAAACCCACACCUGAGCUGGGAGUUAGUUGUGGGUGUCCCCCACAACUCGUUUUGGUAUAGCACUAUAGGAUUCGCUCUGCAUUUUGAGUACCCUGAAAUCGUGAAACUUCUUCUGGCAAAAUGUGUCUGUCCAUCCAGAUCAGACCUCCGCUUCGUGAGGGAGAAGAAGUUUGCGACGGAGAAGAACAAGGAUGUAAUUGUUCUCUUGUCGGAAUUCUCCGAGGAAAGCUUGCCCAUGAAGCAUGACGUGGAAACUCAUUUCGAGAGGCAGUUAGGUGGCAGAGACCAGCAGGGUCUUACCCUCUCUAUGUCUGGAAUCCCGUUCGGGGUUCUUGAUGGUACCCAAUUCGAAGGUCCAGAGGGUGGAACGUACAUCCAUGAAUGGACUGAUAUAUGUUCAGAACCUUCUCAGGUAGAGAUGGAGGGAGAUCCAGCCUUUUUCCUUAGUUGGAGUGAUGAUAUUAAUCAUGAGUUGGAUUUUAGUGCGUUUGGUGCGUUUGGUGUUGAGAAUGAUGCCUAA